AUGGAGGGGACUUUGUUGACACCAGGGGAUGGAAAGAGGCAGAAGAGGGUGAGGUUUCGAGUGGCCUCAGGGAAUAGCGGGCGGGUUUUGAAAGAGAUGUUUAAGGAUGAAGGGCCAUCAGAUUCCCUGGAUUCAGACUGCACCAGCAGCUCUGAUGCAGACCGGGCCAGCACCCCAUCCACCACCAGCGGCGAGUUUAACAGCCUCCUGUGUGGAUAUUUGGCGUCUGAGCUGGACGACAGUGGAAGUGAACCUGACAAUUUGCUUGUGUUUGCAGGAGGGAGAGACAAGGACAGAGUGUUGGAUACCAGACGAGUGAAUAUCCUCAGUAAAAAUGGGACAGUUCGAGGAGUCAAGCACAAAGUCAGUGCUGGCCAAAUUCUCUUUGAUAACUUGGCUAAAAACAAUGGGGUAAAACUGACUCUAGAGUUUGGGCGAAUUGUAAUCUACACCACCAGUUUUCGGGUGGUAAGGACAACAUUUGAGCGAUGUGAGAUAGUCCGAAAGAUCUUCCAGAACCACAGGGUGAAGUUCAUAGAGAAGAACAUUGCUUUGGACAGUGAGUAUGGGAAGGAACUGGAAACACGCUGUAAACGAGUGGGUGAAUCUCCAUCACUACCUGUGGUAUUCAUCGAUGGACACUACCUAGGGGGUGCAGAGAAAAUACUUGAAAUGAAUGAGUUAGGGGAGCUUCAGGACCUCCUAACCAAAAUUGAGAGGGUACAGCAACCCGACAGUUGCCAGACAUGUGGGGGAUUCGCUUUUGUCCCGUGCCCUAUGUGCCAUGGCAGCAAAAUGUCUGUGUUUCGCAACUGCUUCACAGACUCCUUCAAAGCCCUAAAGUGCACAGCCUGCAACGAGAAUGGUCUUCAGCCCUGCUCCAGCUGUUCUCACUAG